GUGAAUAACUUGAACUUGUAAACAAAAUCUCUGUUGCAUGACUAACAAGACUUGAGUCUAUCAAUUACUCAAUUACUCGCAAAGUUAUCAGCGUCGUGUCUUAUUAAGCUCAUUAUCGUUAUUAUAAAAAUAAUAAUAAUGUUGCUGCCGACAUAAUUACAGUUAUUUAAUAAGAAUGGUCAGUGAACGUUGCACAACCUGGUUGAAAACAUCAUGCUAUCGGAGAUUUUAAAAGACUUAUAUAUUAACGAGUAUGAAAAAGUAUAGAGCAGUUUAACGCAGGCUGUCGGAAGAGAUGGAACAGUUUUUAAAUUACUCUGAAGUCUAUGAAAAAAAAAUAAUUGACCAGUUUAAUAAUGAGUUUAAUUGCGAAGAGUGUUAUCUAGACCACGCAGGUGCUACUUUGUAUUCGAAAACUCAGAUAAAAUUUAUUUAUCAAGAUUUAUCGACGUCUUUGUACACAAAUCCACAUUCUGCGGCAGGUAGUGCCAAUCAGUGUCAGGAUAUUAUUGAAAGAACUCGAUAUCGUAUUUUAGACUGGUUCAAAGCAUCGGAAGAUUACAGUCUUGUGUUUACAUCUGGAGCAACAGCGUCAUUGAAGUGUGUCGCUGAGACAUUUGAAUUUAAUCAUGGAAAGUUUGUUCAUUUACAAGACAAUCAUACGUCCGUACUCGGAAUUCGGGACGUUGUUGCCAAAAAAAAUGUUUCUGUGGAAUGUAUGACACGCGAUGAAGCUUUUGCUGUUUUUUCUUCUGCGGAAUCUAAUAAAAAAUUAAACAGCAAUUGUGAAAAUAAUUCUUUGUUUGUUUAUUCGGCGCAAUGCAAUUUUUCUGGGUACAAAUAUCCCCUGGAGUGGAUUGAAAAAGUGCAUAGCGGAGCGCUGGAUAGAGAUGGAAACUCAAACUGGUUUGUACUCGUUGAUGCGGCUGCUUUCGUUGGUACAAAUCUGCUGGAUUUAUCUUUGUACAAACCAGAUUUUGUUGUACUGUCUUUUUAUAAAAUGUUUGGAUAUCCUACGGGUCUGGGUGCUUUGAUUGUUAGGAAUUCGAGUGCUGGAACGUUGAAAAAAAUUUAUUAUGGAGGUGGAACUGUCAAUAUGGCACUGAGUACUGAAAAUUAUCAUGUGAAAAAAGAUCCAUUCCAUGACAGAUUUGAAGAUGGAACGGCAUCAUUUCUAUCGAUAAUUUCUCUUCAGCAUGGCCUAGAUGCUCUAUCAAAAAUUCCUAUACAACAAAUAUCACGCCACGUAUUCUCCCUGGCCCGAUAUCUUCACCACAAUCUCAUCAGUCUGCAUCAUUCUAACGGUAAUCCCGUGGUCAAGAUGUACAGUGACUCGGACUACGAAGACCAACAUCAGCAAGGCGGUAUCUUGGCUCUGAACAUACUGAAGCCGACCGGUGAUUACGUCGGCUACAUGGAAGUGCUUCACAUGGCUUCACUUUUCAAAAUCCACCUACGGACCGGAUGUUUCUGUAACCCAGGAGCAUGUCAAAGGCACCUCAACCUUACAAAUAACGACAUUAUCAGUAAUUACGAUGCCGGGUACACCUGUGGCGGCGGAAAAGAUUUAAUUGACGGACGUCCUACGGGCGCUGUAAGAAUUUCUUUUGGAUACAUGUCAACCUUAAGCGAAGCUCAAACGUUUAUUGAAAUGGUACACAAGUGUUUCAUUGACUUGCCAGUAAUAAUUAAAAUUCCUCUUGAAAUUAAUAUUAAUAGAAAUAAAAUAAAUAAUAGAGUUAACGAGAAUAGUAAUGGAAAAUUGACUUCCGGUGUUAAUGGACUUGAUGAGGAAUUACAGGCAGAUAUUAAUAAUGAAACUGAUAUAGUAAUUAGCCAAAAGAAAAAUAAGGUAAUGAAAUUGGAAAAAAUAUUCAUUUAUCCAAUAAAAUCAUGCGGAGCGUAUGAAAUAAAACAUAAAUGGAUAAUAAAUAACAAGGGUUUGAAAUAUGAUCGCGAAUGGAUGAUUGUUACGGGAGCUGGUGUUUGUCUUACCCAGAAACAAGAAGUUAAAUUGUGCUUACUGAAACCAACGUUUGAUAUUGAGGAAAAUAUUAUGAGACUCGAUUACCCAGGUAUGCCUACGAUUGAGGUUCCGCUGGAAAUUGAUGGUCUUGAAAAAGCGGCCGAAAUUUGUAGGAGCAGAGUCUGUGGCCACAGAGUAGAAGGAAUCUAUUGUGGAGACAAAGUGUCAGAGUGGCUUAGUCUGGCUCUGGAGAGACCUAAUUUGAAGUUGAUUAGACAGAAUUCGGACGACGGGGAGCUUUCAUUUUCUAGCCAGGCGCAGUAUUUGUUGAUCAAUAGAACGAGUGUCCGUUGGCUCACUGAUCAGAUUCCUGAAGACUCAGAUUGUGAUAAGAAGACUAUUUUUAAUAGAUUUAGAGGAAAUUUAAUUGUGGACGGUGCUGAUGCAUUUGAAGAAAUCAAUUGGAGGCGAGUUGUGGUUGGAAAAAAUUCAUUUGAGGUGACUGGACAAUGCACAAGAUGUCAGAUGGUGUGUAUAGAUCAGGAUACAUCACUAAAAACAGUAGAACCGCUGAAAAUAAUAGCUGAUAAAUUUAAUGGAAAAAUGAAAUUCGGUAUCUACUUGAAUAGAAAAGUGAUAAAUAAACUGGAAUACAUCAGCGUUGGUGAUGAUAUUGUAUCUAUAAGCUAAUAAUUAUUGAUGUUAAUUUAAUAAAUAAAUAAAU